AUGAACACUAAAGGAACACCAUGUGCAUCAACGCCAAGACAUCUUUCUCCAGCGGAGGUGUUGGUGUUCCUAGGGCGCCAGUUGAGGACGUCAUUGACGCUGCUGAAGGAAUCAGCUAAAGAAGAAGGAACGCGCAAUGUGGAAAUUGAAGAACAGUUCAAUUGUCAUCAUGGAGCACAGAAGAGAUUGUACCACCAGGAAGAACUCGUGUGGGUGCGUGACUACCGCCCGAGACAUGAGAAAUGGAUCCCUGCUCGUGUGAAGAAUCGCUAUGGACGAGCCGUGUACGACGUGCUAACGGAAGAAGAUGAUUUGUGGAAAAGACACGCUAACCAGAUGCGUGGAGAAAAACAUCGGAGAGUUAGCUGCGAGAGGACUGAAGCUUCCAAGAUGCCGUUCAACCAGGAAGACCGACGGUACCAUGGUAUGGCAAGGACGAUCGCCGACAUCAACGACAAUGUCAAGGAUCGAACAUCAACUAUCGUGCCGCCGACAACGACUAGACCAGCUCGACAACGCCGACCGCCUCGUCGAUUGCAACCUGAUCCGAAGAUGAAGACGUACGCGAUGCAUUCAUCUUAA